UUUCACUCACAAUAAAUAAUCUUCAGCCCUAAAAUUUUCACGGCAAUCUCAAAAAUCCCCUUUCCCAAAUCAUCGAAGAACGAAAAUGGCGACUCUGAUCAACCAACCAACGAAGCUACGGUGGGGAGAAUUGGAAGAAGACGACGACGGCAACGAUCUCGAUUUCCUGUUACCACCGCGUCAGGUAAUCGGACCAGACGAAAACGGAAUCAAGAAAGUGAUUGAAUACAAAUUUGAUGAAGAUAAUAAUAGAGUUAAGAUCACAACAGUUACUCGCACAAGGAAACUGGCUAGCGCGCGUGUUAGUAAACGCGCUGUUGAACGACGUGAAUGGUCGAAAUUUGGUGAUGCUGUGAAUGAAGAUGUUGGUAGUCGGCUUACUGCUGUUUCCACUGAAGAAAUUGUUCUUGAACGUCCUAAGCCUAUUGGUUCCACAACUAUUGAGACAAAGCCUGGUGACCCAGAUGCUGUUCUCAUGGUAUGCAGGAAUUGUGGGAAGAAGGGUGACCAUUGGACUGCAAGGUGUCCAAUUAGGAAUCUCUCACAGCCGGCUGACGAAUUUGUUGAUAAGCCUCCAGCAGCAGCACCUGUUUCAACUAACAAUGCAUAUGUACCUCCUAGCUUGAGAGCUGGUGCAGAUAGGACUGGAGGGUCAGACAUGAGGCGGAGGAAUGAUGAGAAUUCUGUGCGGGUAACCAAUCUCUCGGAGGACACGAGGGAGCCUGAUUUGCAUGAGCUUUUUGGCACUUUUGGUUCUGUGAGCAGAGUAUAUGUUGCUAUAGAUAAAAACACUGGCACGAGUAGGGGGUUUGGCUUUGUCAACUUUGUCAACAGGGAAGAUGCUCAGAGAGCUAUUAACAAACUGAAUGGCUAUGGCUACGACAAUCUCAUCCUGAAGGUUGAAUGGGCCACCCCAAGAACAACCUAAACCUAAACUUGGAAUCCAAUUUUGAAGGUCUACUAGUACCUAGUUAUUUGAAUCCUGGACCAUCUUUUUCCUUUGACAUGUUUUAUUAUUAUUUAAAAGCGAAUGUUAGCUCAAGAUCACUUAUUGGUUAUUUAUAAUCCUUAUUAUACUAUGAGGGUUGUUUUACCUUGUCCAGAGGGUGUCAAUUGUGUUUAUUCAAAAGUAUUGUUUUUCUCUUACCAGCUUACUUUAUUGUUUCAAUCAAAUGAAAAUUGUUAUUUGUCA